GGAAGCAGCGCGCUGGUGGUGGAGCAGUGUGAGCAGUAGUCGACUUUUCUUGUUUUGUUUAGCUAGCAAGCAGGCUAGCUAAAUAAGGAGCACCGGAAUACCGAAGAUGCCUCGGGAAAUCAUAACGCUCCAGCUCGGACAGUGUGGAAAUCAAAUUGGUUUUGAGUUUUGGAAGCAGCUGUGUGCAGAGCAUGGCAUCAGUCCAGAGGGGAUCGUGGAGGAGUUUGCUACUGAGGGGACCGACAGAAAGGAUGUGUUCUUCUAUCAGGCUGACGAUGAGCACUACAUCCCACGCGCGGUUCUGCUGGAUCUGGAGCCGAGGGUGAUCCACUCCAUCCUCAACUCUCCGUACGCAAACCUUUACAACCCGGAGAACAUCUACCUGUCUGAGCACGGAGGCGGCGCUGGGAACAACUGGGCCAGCGGAUAUUCACAGGGCAAAAAAAUCCAAGAAGACAUCUUUGACAUCAUUGACCGGGAGGCAGAUGGCAGUGACAGUCUGGAGGGAUUCGUCCUCUGUCAUUCCAUCGCUGGGGGGACGGGCUCGGGGCUUGGAUCCUAUCUGCUGGAGAAACUCAAUGACAGGUACCCAAAGAAGCUGGUGCAGACGUACUCCGUUUUCCCAAACCAGGAUGAGAUGAGCGACGUGGUCGUUCAGCCGUACAACUCGCUGCUCACGCUGAAGAGGCUCACCCAGAACGCAGACUGCGUGGUGGUGUUGGAUAACACGGCUCUAAAUCGCAUCGCCACCGACAGGCUGCACAUCCAGAACCCCUCGUUCUCUCAGAUCAACCAGCUGGUUUCCACCAUCAUGUCUGCCAGCACAACCACGCUUCGCUACCCGGGCUACAUGAACAACGACCUCAUCGGCCUGAUCGCGUCCCUCAUCCCCACACCCCGCCUCCACUUCCUCAUGACUGGCUACACACCACUGACUACCGACCAGUCGGUUGCUAGCGUGAGGAAAACCACGGUGCUGGAUGUGAUGAGGAGGCUCCUGCAGCCCAAGAACGUGAUGGUGUCCACGGGACGAGAGAGGCAGUCCAACCACUGCUACAUCGCCAUCCUGAACAUCAUCCAGGGAGAGGUGGACCCCACGCAGGUGCACAAAAGCCUCCAAAGGAUCCGGGAGCGUAAACUUGCCAGCUUCAUUCCCUGGGGUCCCGCCAGCAUCCAGGUGGCUUUGUCCAGGAAGUCGCCGUACCUGCCUUCGGCCCACCGAGUCAGCGGCCUGAUGAUGGCCAACCACACAAGCAUCUCCUCUCUGUUCGAGCGGACUUGCAAGCAGUACGACAAACUGCGGAAGCGGGAAGCCUUCCUGGAGCAGUUCCGCAAAGAGGACAUAUUCAAGGACAACUUCGACGAGCUAGACAACUCUCGCGAAGUGGUCCAGCAGCUGAUCGACGAGUACAGCGCGGCCACGCGGCCCGACUACAUCUCCUGGGGAACGCAAGAACAGUGAACAGACUAGUGUGUCUUUGUGUCUCAACUACAAUGGAGUCGGCAGCAUACAUGCAUAGCUAGUUUAUUCUAACUCGAUUUCUUCACUUUUCUAAAUAUUUUCUCCCACACAUGGGUGUCCCAAAGAGACGGGUAAUUGGCUGUAGCUGCUUCUCUGGGAAAGAGACUUAUUGGCUUGUUAUAGUAUUAAAUAGUAUAACAUGAUUGUGACUCGAAUUUGAAAAGAGACUGAUGGAAGCUGUAUCACAUCCGUGAGAUUCUCAAACCCAGUUUAAAUAAAACAGUCCAGUGAAGUGAAAGUAAGAGUUCUUCUGUGCAGAGAGCAUCAAUACAUCUUGUACAAAACAAUCUAUAAAUGUCUGUUAAGUGUGUUUCUUCUUCUUUUUCCUAUAUUCAGCUUUCCUGCCUUGUAGCCUAUUUUCAGCAAUGUCAGCCAACCCGUUGCCUUGUUUUGCUCUAUUUUUGUACUGAGUACAGUACUACGUUUAUUUGUGCAGUAGAUUUACAGGAAAGCGUCCACAGCCUACGACAUGAUUGCCUCGAGUGAUGGGAGUAAGAUUGACGGACAGUGUUGCAUGAUGGUUAAUGCAGGCCCCCCCGGACAUGUCUGUCUGCUGCUGACACACGUUGCUCAUUCGUUCCCGCUGUACGUGACCAACAAGAAUGUCAAGUUGGGAGUUGGGGCGUGAGCCAAAAAAUGAUGUUGACAUUUCAACGGCGUUUGUCAGGUACAAUAGGAAAAGUAACAGUUUGCACGGAUGAACAAGAAUGGAUUUCAUGUUAACACUUCAUCACUACGCCUGUAAAUAUACUCAACGAAAUGCUGGUUCACUGGCAUGCUCUGUAUUAAAUGUACUGUUUCAUGUUGCUUGGCUCAUUGGACCGGUUUGAAAUGAUGAAUAAACAAGUUUUCUACAA